AUGAAUAUAACUUCGAUUUAUCCGAUUAUACAACGGGUUCCAGUGUCGGAAACGGAAAAUUCAAAUGGGAAAACAACAUUUAACAUAGAAGCGAUUGCGACGGUUGCGAGAGCUUCCAGCGUUGGACCCUCAGGUCCAUCGGGACCAUCAUCGAGUUCAUCUGGGGAUACCGUUAGUCAAAUGGUCGAAACCGAUAUGAGAACUCCACCGAAAUUGAAAGAAAUUUUCAAAGAGAAAAAUUCGGAUAAGAAGGAAAAUGACGACGAUGUAAAAUCCAUGCCGGUGACGUUUAUUUACGAUGACGAUGGAACGAUGACGAGCACGGAAAAAUUUUCCUUUACCGACGCUUUCGAGGGUAAAUCUUCGAACACUAAAAAAGUUCAAAUGAGUACGGAAAUAAAAGGUAUCGCCAUACCCGUCGUCAUGGAUGACGACAUCGUCACGAAUCCGCCAAAUAAAAUAUUGCAGAAAAUUCCAGAAGUUGUCGUUGUUAAACCUGCUGGUAAAGAUGAGAAGAAAAAGAACACGAUAACGAAAUCUUAUUUGACAACGACACCAUCAAGCGGUUUGUCGACUUGGAUAUUAUUAAGCGAUAAUCGAGAAAUGACGACGUUGUCUCCGAAGAAAAGUAGUAAAAAGGACAACAACAACAGCAGCAGCAACGACGACGGUAAGAAAAAAACAACCGGAAAUGUUUCGACAACUAAAAAACCGGUAAAGAAUUCCAGCACAACUCCUAAAGUUACAACGACGAAAAAAACAACGGUGAAAACAUCGUCGACUAAAAAAACGACAGAAAACGAAACGAAUUCAACAUCGGCAUUGGAAGCAUUGGUAAAAAUACAAAAAAAAAAUGGAAUAUCGAGUCAAUCUACUGCCACGACAACGACGAAUACGCCGACGACGGUCAAACAAAAAACGACCGAAAUUAAAAAUGGCUCGCAGAAAAAAAUUACAACGGAUUCGAAAAAAAAGGGAGGAACGGAAAAAAAAGAUGGAGUCGAAAAUUUGAAAAAACAAAGCGAAACGGCUCAAACACUACCCGCGCAUUUUUUCUUAUCCACGGAAGAUUUUACCGGAUUGAGCGUGACGGAAGAAAACAACAAUCCAUCAUCGACAACGGAAACGUCUGUGGAAAGCACGACGACGAAAAAAAAGAAAUCGACUAUGAAAAAAAAAAAGAAAAAUAAGAAGAAGAAGAAACAACAACCGGAAACGAGGAUAGAAUCCAAAGUUCCUCCGACUCCGGCCGUCGGUAGUCAAAUUUAUAAUUUUUUGUCGAGGGAAAUCGUACCGACCGUGGGAUUAGGAUUGAUUGGCGUGGCACUAACCGCGGGUUUGGCUAGCUUCCUAGGUUACAACCCAUUUGUCAGUUCGACCGUUCCACUUCGAAGAACUUACGAAACGAGUCACGGAUAUUCACCGUCCAACUAUUAUUCUUACAGCGGGGAUUAUAAUGACGGUGGGCAAUCCGAAGAAAGUCUUCUUAGGGAAGUGCUGUCCGGCAUGCCCGAGGAAAGUCGAUACGGUAUCACGCAUGGCGAUUCGACGUACUCGGAUUCUUAUAAUCGGAAGAACGCAGGAUACGAAACGAUAAAAACACCCAAUUACUCGGAGCAAAGUGGUGGUAGUUCGUACAAUUCGGACAAAGGAACCGGAAACUACGAUGCCAAUUAUCCCCAAGAACAUUCUUAUUCGUCUAAUUACGACACGACGGAUACCAAAUACAAUUCGGAAUUUAACGAAAAAUAUCCGGUAUAUACGAGAGAAACGGGUACGAGUUUCGUUUAUCCGGAAACGACGGGUAUGGUUUCCGGUGAGAAAAGCAGUUCAACGAAUUACAAUACGAAUAAAAAUUCCCAAUAUGGAAAAUUAAAUUCCGAUACGAUUGAAAAACAACCGGAAGCUUUGUACAGAGUCGGAAACGAUCAAAGCAAAGAAACAUCAUCGCAAAACAAUUGGCACAGAAUAGGGACACCUAUGGAACCGUUAAAACAAUAUUCCCGAUUGGAACCCGGUCCGAGAAGUUUAGAUUUGACGAAAAAUUCAAAGGAAUCGGAGAGUAAAAAUCGUAGGAAACGAAACGUCGGAGACAACAUACAAAGGAUAGCAAGAAAAAGGACAAAAAUGGAAAACGAUGAGGAUAACGAAAUCGAUUCUAUAGUCGAUCAUAAAAUAUCCGAACAAAGUUCCGAAGAAAUUAUCAGCCCGUUGACAAAUUUUGAAUUAUUAACGACUAACGCGUCACCAAAAACGGAAACGUCAACCCCCGCGAUGACGGAAGUUAAAAUUCGGACCACCACGAGUCCGACAACCACGACGAUGACGACCACGACCACGACGGAAGACACGACGGAACCAUAUUUUGAAGAUGAUGGCAACAUUGGAUCGACGUCAUCACCCACGAAUUCCGUUUUGGAAUUGUUGAGAAGGUUGGCACAAUUCAAACUUAAAUUAGGAUUAAAUUUUUUAAAAAGUACAACCGACAUGUUUUCCAGAUAUUUAGACGUAAUACAGAAAAAAGUAGACGAAUCAUUUACGAACACGACAACCGUGCAAUACAACAGGAAAAAAAAUCCAUGGUCGAGAAUAUUUUUCGGUGAGGAAAAUGAUAAUUUAAAAAGGGAAAAACGUUCAGCACUCAAAGAUGAUCCCUUACUGACGUCACUUUUAACCGAAGAAGAAGAACAACAAGAACAAGUAGAAGAAGUAGAAGGAAAACAAACAAACGAUAAAUAUUCAAAAUCGACAAAAAAAGAAUUGAAAUUAUCAAAUAAAAUAUUUCACAGUAAGAAAAACUUACCGAAAAAAUAUCACGAAUCGAAAAACCGGAAAUUAAAUGAUAAAACGGAAAUUAACGGAUUAUAA